CAGAUAGUUUUGUUUGAAGUGGAACUGCAGUUAGGUCUGAUUGAGAAGCUGCAUUGAAGCUAUACAAGCACCCCUUUUCUGCGAAACUUAAGUGCUCGGUUUUUUUUUUGUUCGUUCUGAUCUUUAACUUGAUGCAUUGCUUUAAACAUGUUAGGGGUUUACGCGAAUAUAGAAAAAAGCCAACUGGUGAGUUUCGUGGAAGAUUACCUUGAAUGUGUGGAGUCUCUCCCUUUGGACAUUCAGAGGAAUGUUUCACUGCUACGAGAAAUCGAUAUCAAGUAUCAAGAAGUUUUGAAAGAAGCAAACGAAAUUCAUGAAAAAUACAAAAAAGAGUCUGAUGAAAGUCAGAAAAAAAGACUGCAAAAUCACCUCCAACGUGCUCUUAUUAGCAGCCAGGAGCUGGGAGAUGAAAAGAUUCAUCUAGUAACACAAAUGCUGGACCUGGUGGAGAACCGAGCCAGACAACUAGAUGCUUACUCCCAAUAUUUUCAGGAACCAAUGGAGGUUGAGAAGACUAUAGAAAAGAUCAAAACGGAAGUGGUACAACCUGAGAGAUCAUCUUCGAGGAGGCCUAGGCGGCAACGGAACAGUGAGAGCAGAGAUUCCUGCCACAUAACCAAUGGAGUGGGAGGAGGAAGUGAGGAACAGAUACCUAAAGAUAAGAAACCAAAAUCUGCCAAAAAGAAAAAACAUUCCAAGGCUAAACAGGAGUGUGAGUUAUCUCCUGUGGAGUUUGCCAUUGACCCUAAUGAGCCUACCUACUGCUUGUGCAGCCAAGUGUCGUAUGGUGAAAUGAUUGGGUGUGAUAAUGAACAGUGUCCGAUUGAGUGGUUCCAUUUCUCCUGCGUUGGACUCACAUACAAGCCAAAGGGAAAGUGGUACUGUCCUAAAUGUAGAGGGGACAGUGAAAAGACAAUGGACAAAAGCAUUGAAAAAAGCAAAAAGGAUAGACGAUCGAGGUAGUGAUUAUUUGUGUGUGUUUGUAUAUGUGUGAAAGAGUGUAAAUAUUUUUUUAAUGUGUAUAUAAUGUAUAUAUGUGUAUAUAUACACGUACACACACGUUAAUUUUUUUAUUGUCUUUGCAGAGCAAACAAUCUUUUAGAAAAGAUGCAUAUGUCUAUGCAAUCAUUUUUAAUCUAUGGUAUUAAUGUAAUAUUAAAAGUUGUUGUACUUA